CCCCACUCCCUUGUGUCUGGGGCCCUGGGAGGGCUUCCUCUGGUUCUGGGCUGUACACCUGGCUUGGAGGAGAGGCCCUUCCUCUGGGACCAUGAGGCCCAGGGCGCCCGCCCGGAGCUCCAGCACUGACCUCACAAGAGCUGCCUCAGAACCCGGUCUCCGUGGCGCCGCUGGCCGGAGCAGGGAUGCUAUUUUGGGCCAUGUGUCUGGUCUUGGCUCAAAUAGUCCAGGCCAAACCCCUGCCCCACUGACCUCUCUGCAGAGGAGCAGAGCAGAGUAGUGCGUGGACCGCCCCGAGGAGGCUGAGAGGAGGGCUCUAGACCGUGGACACAGGGUCAGCGGAGCCCCAGCUGGGAGUGCAGUUGGAGCCUGGGACAGUCAUGGAGGAACAGGACCAAGAUCGGCAGUAACUGAGAGGCCCCCGAGGCAGACGCUGGGAACCAGAAGGCACUUUAGCAGACAUCUAAAAAUCUCGAAGACAAAAUAUGAGUGAAGCAGACAGGAGGAGGCGGUCCACCCGCAAGUCCAAGACGAUCUCGACACCCAUGACAACAAGGAUACACGCAAUCCUGGAGAAGGAGAUGGUGCGAGAGUUCCUGGCCGAGUUCCUGAGCACGUAUGUCAUGAUGAUGUUUGGCCUUGGCUCCGUGGCCCACAUGGUUGUAGGAGAUAAAUUCGGGAGCUUCCUCGGUGUCAACUUGGGCUUUGGUUUCGGAGUCACCAUGGGCGUGCACGUGGCAGGGAACAUCUCCGGGGCCCACAUGAAUGCCGCCUUGACCUUCACCAACUGCGCGCUCGGCCGCAUGUCCUGGAAGAAGUUCCCCGUGUACGUGCUCGGUCAGUUCGUGGGUUCCUUCCUGGCUGCUGCCACCAUCUACUGUCUCUUCUACCAAGCCAUCAUGGACUACUCGGGUGGAUAUCUGACAGUGACUGGUCCCACAGCCACCGCUAACAUUUUUGCCACCUACCUUCCUGAUCACAUGACAUUGUGGAGGGGCUUCCUGGACGAGAGGAACAACCCAGCUCUGCAGGGGACACAGGCCCUGGUGAUCGGCAUCCUUGUUGUUGUCAUUGGAGUGUCCCUGGGCAUGAACACGGGAUAUGCCAUCAACCCAUCCCGGGACCUGCCUCCGCGCUUCUUCACCUUCCUGGCUGGCUGGGGCAUACAGGUCUUCAGGGCCAAGGACUGGUGGUGGGUGCCAGUGGUGGCGCCGCCUCUGGGUGCCUACUUAGGUGGCAUCAUCUACUUGGUCUUCAUUGGCUCCAGCAACCCAUGGGAGGCCCAGAUGUUGGAGAACCCCGGGGCGUAUGAAGACCGCAGGAUAUCCGUGUUGCCCAAGACCUCAUCUUACCCACCCAACUCCUCUUCCCUCACCCCUGUCUCUGUGUCCCCCAGCAGCAGACCUUCAAUCCGGCCUGUCCCACCCUUAGGUGACUCUGUCAACCUAGAGCAAUUCUAAGUAAGAUGAUUUGUGACCCCAUCCCCACCCCAAUAAAGCAAGCCUUGUCCCACAGCGGCACCCCCGCUUCCUGGGGGCCUCCUGUGGUUGGGCUUCUCUCCUGGAUGCUUCCGGGAGCUCCAGGGCUAUGCCCUGGCCCCAGGGCUGGAGCACCGAGCAGAGAGGCCUCCACCUCCUUCCAGCCCUGGGAGCUGGGGAGCCCCCUGGGGGAGGAUGGGGACGGGCCCACCCACAGCCCAGUAGGAACAAGAUGAGAUUAAAGGAUGCUGGACACAGAAGCAUGGACUUUUGAGCACAGGAUAGGGAGGGAGGUUCUGGGGAAAGGACAGCAGCUCGCUGGUGGGGGCUGAGCUCUGGGCAUGCCUUGAAAUGUCACAGAAUAGGACUCUGGACUGUCCCUCGGUUCUGGCCAGUCCCUGGACCAGACAGGGCAAGGCCCAAGCAUGUAGAUCAGCGUUUCUCAACCUAUUUUUCAUUCCUGAUCCCUCAGGAGCCUUUUAGAUGUUUUUUUCUUGAUCACAUGAUAUUUUAAUACCACUGAUAUAGUGUAUAUAUAUUUACGUACUGUACAUAUAUCUGUGCUUUAUACAAAAAAGAGUAAGAUUUUUUCAUCUCCCAAGAAUCAUUUUUCUCUCCCUUGGGGGCCAAAUCACCCCCCACCCUUGCAAAUGCCCAGUGUCGACUGAAGGCAGUGAGGGGCUGGACUCUUUUUCCUUCUCCCUGGUGCCAGAGUCUCCCACAUUAAGGAAUCCCAGAGUUAGAGAGGCUGCUGCAGAGAGGGGAGUCCUUCCCAAAGGUGCAGACAGAGAGGUGCUUCCCGGGGUUCAGGGGGACAGGUGCAGAGGUUGGUGGAGGUGGGGCAGCCAGGAUCCACCAACCCCGGGCCAGGCUGGAAACAUCCUGCAUCACCCAUGGCUCCUGUCACUGCGUGUGCGUUCAGCCUGUCAACAAUCAUUGGCACCUCCUGGGUGCAGGCCCUGUCUGGGCACUAGAGAUGCCACAUUGGAUGAGGCUGGGUCUCUGCCUUCGAGGAGCACAGUCUAACGGGGACAGGUCACCACGAGGAGGGAGCUAAGCAAGGGAGAGAGGGCUGCAUGGAGGCUGUGGGGCUCAGAGGGGGCUCACAGCCCAGCCUCGGGCCAAGGCCAGGGAUGGCUUCCCAGAGGAGGAGGCAGCAAAUGGGGGGAUGGUGGGGUGUCCUUUCUGGGGCUGGUUGCCACACUUUACGGUUUGAGGGGACAGAGGGCAGAGGAGAUGGGCUUUCCCUGGAGGUGGGGACAUGCUGAGAUUUAGAAAGCCCACCUGAGAGGCAGGUGCAGGAUGCUGGAAAAGGCAGAGAUUGGGGCCUGCAAGGGAGUGUGGGGAGAGGUAAUAAGCCGGGAGGAGCAGUGGGGCGCGAACAGGUCAGUGCUGUGUGUGUGAAGAGGAGUGAGGAUUCGCUGAACACGAGGGAGGUCACACUGCAGGACCUGGGCUCGGACUGGAGGAAGGAGCGGGUGAGGCCGUGCCAGGAGUCAGGGCUCAUUUCCAGGGUCCAGCUCUGGCCUGAGCAUUGGAGAUGUCCACACUGAGAGCAGAGUCUGGGAGAGGAACUGGUUUGGAGAGGAAGAUGAUAAGUUAUAUUGUGGAUGUGCUGAUUCUGAGUCGUCUGUGGGACUCAGGGGGCAAGGGGUGUGUUGUCUUGGGUGUUACUCAACCUCUCUGGGCCUCGGUGUUCUCCCAUUACCUACCAUUUGUGUCUCUGCGAAUAUUCAAUGAAAUAAAACGUGUACAAUGCUGAGAAUGGUGCUUGACACUGAGUGAGCGCCCCACAACAAUUCUGCCUUCUCUGUGGUCUGGAGCUCAGAAGAGAGAUGAAGACAGAGACUGGGGAAGCCCUGGUCAUGCGGUUCUUGCUGGGCCGUGGGACAGGGAAGGGAGGGUCAGUGAGCAGGGUCCUGGGGGCGCAGCAGGGGAGGAGCCUUAGGAGGUUUGGCUGAGCAGGGGGGCCAGGUGGGUGGUCAUGUGGCGCUGGAGCCAACCUGAAUGUCCAUCAAUGGGGACAGACUUACAUGGCAGUACAGUCACACACAACAGAAUGUGACACAUCCCUGACGACUGAGGCAUAGCAGCCCCCUGCAGCAACAUGGACAAAGUCUGGAGGCAUGAAAAGUGAUGCAGUGGUCUGUACACACUGCGACACCAGCUAUAUCGCGCAAAAACAGCCCAAAAGUCCUCUAUUCUUUGGGCAUACAUAUGCCCAAAAAACUACUUUAAAAAAAAGGGAUGGUUCCUGCAGGGAAAUGGGGAUGGCGACAGGGGGGUGCGUGGGAGGAGCAUGCGGUAGGGCGAGCUGUUAACCAUGUUCUCGUCCUGGAGUCGGGGGUAAACUUACGGGUUUGUUGUAGGAUUGAGCUUUAUAACAUAGAACUGUGAAAUAUGUUGGCAGGUAUCAUACAGUCUAAAAGACGAAGCAGCAGCUAUAGCGUGAGAACAGGUGGUGGGAAGAGAGAGGUAGGGGGCCUGAUGAGGUGACGGGGCUCCAGGGAGGAAGGGCAGGGGCUUGAGCAUGUCUGACGGCCCACGGUGGGAGGAGCCGGGCCAGGGGAACCGGGCCUGGGAGUGACCAGGAAGGGCCCACAGCUGGAAGUCCCAGCCAGCGGGCCCUCUGUGGCCCUAGAGAGGCUCUACCCCUCGCUCAGCCUCAGUGGCCCUGUGAACACCAGGAGGGUGGCCUCUCCCAUUCCUAGUGAUCUACUGCGGUGUGACCAUAGGCCUCAGCCACAGGUGGAGAGGCACAUGGGAUCCCCAGGUUCCAGGUCCUGCCCUCCUCUGCCCCUCACUGACACUUCAGCCUUCUGGUAUCCUCAAGUCCCUGGGAGGUGGCCUCAGAGGCAGGGCAGCCAGUGGGUCCGCCCAGAAGCCCUGCCUGCUGUCCACCGCUUGCCACAGAGCUGCACUAGGCCCAGGGCCAUUGACAUCCUGCAGAUUCUGAUCCCAGUGUCAGCCCAGAUGAGUCUGGCCACAGAGCAUCUCUGUGCACAGAGCAGACCCCUUCCAUUCUCUUGGCAGAUGUUGGUCGAAAACCCACAAUGUCCAGAUACCAUUCUAGUCCCAAGGAGACAGGUACAAAGAAGAUAAACAAGGUCCCUGUGCUCACAGAGCUGACAAAACAGGGUGUGUUAGUGACACACGCCAAGGAGGAGAAGAAGGAAAGGGGGACAGGAAGUGAGCAGGGGUGUGAGGACUGGAGGUCUCACUGAGGAGGUGACUUUGAGUAAAGACCUGAAGGGGGUGAGGCAGUGAGCCGUGUGGACACUUGGGGAAAGUGUAUGCCAGGCUGAGGGAACAGCCAGUGCAAAGGCCCAGAGGUGGGAGCAGCGGGGAGCCAUUGCUGGCUUGGAGGGGAGAGUGGAAGAGGACGAGGUCAGAGAAGUAAGGUGGUAGGGUGAACUGAGGC